GAUUAUUCUAUAUUAUUAUGAAGCUGUCUGUGAAUGCCCAGACUAGUUCGAAGCCCGUCGUCUUAUAAAUACACAAUGCGACGCAAUCAACGAUGUCUGGACCGGCCUCUCGAGAGAUGUCUUGAUUUAUAAGAGAACCAUCGACAGUUUGAAGUGCGCGUGAUAUCGACUAUUGGUCUUCCGCCUUUGGCUCUCCGAAUUUCACUCGUUCUCUCCAUAUCUCUCCCACUCGCUCGUCAUACCCCUCAGGGAUGGCGACAUCUCGGCUUUAUAAGCCGACCCGGACCGCUCGGGGGUCAGGCUUAGGAGCACGCUGAGAAGAGAAAAGAGGCCGGCGUCGCGCCACUGUUCUCCGGGGAACUACACUAUAAUCGUAGAACGCAUGCCAGACAGACAAACGGACGGACGGACGGGUAGAUAGACAGGCAGACAGAAGGAAACCAAAAGACAGACAGACACUCAGAGACGCUAGCAGUCAUGGCCGACCAGCAGCCGCACAAGAAUGAGACCGAGAAUAAAAAAAAACAACUGCACCUGGGCGCGUUCAUGCGUCCGGUCUCUCUGCACACCGGGGCCUGGCGGUACCCCGGCUCCUAUCCCGACGCCAACUUCAACUUCCAGCAUCUCAAGUCCUUUGCGCAGAAGCUGGAGGCCGCCAAGUUCGACGCCUUCUUCAUGGCUGAUCACCUGGCCGUCUUGAACAUGCCCAUAGAAGCCCUGCGCCGGAGCCACACCACCACCUCGUUCGAGCCCUUCACCCUGCUGUCGAGCCUGGCCGCCGUCACCGACCGCAUCGGGCUCGCCGCCACCGCCUCCACCACCUACGAUCAGCCCUACCACGUCGCCCGCCGCUUCGCCUCGCUCGACCACCUCAGCAACGGCCGCGCCGCCUGGAACAUCGUCACCACCGCGAACCCGGACGCAGCCCGCAACUUCGGCCAGGACGAGCACAAGGAGCACAGCGAGCGCUACGCCCGCGCCCGCGAGUUCUACGACGUCGUGACCGGGCUCUGGGACAGCUUCGCCGACGACGCCUUCGUGCGCGACGUCGAGAGCGGCAUCUUCUUCGACCCCUCCCGCGUGCACGUCCUCGACCACCACGGGCCCGAGCUGCACGUCCGGGGCCCCCUCAACAUCGCGCGCCCGCCCCAGGGGUGGCCCGUGAUCGUCCAGGCCGGCCAGUCCGAGCCCGGGCGCCAGCUGGCCGGCGAGACGGCCGAGGUGGUCUUCUGCGCGCCGCGCAACCUCGCCGCCGGCCAGGCGCUCUUCCAGGACAUCAAGGCGCGCGCCGUCGCCGCCGGCCGCAGCCGCGACGACAUCAAGCUGCUCCCCGCCGCCCUCGUCAUCCUCGGCGACACCGUCGAGGCCGCCCGCGCGAAGCGCCUCGUCCUCGACAGCCUCGUGCACUACGAGAGCGCCGUCGCCUCCCUCUCCAUCGCGCUCGACUUCGACGUCUCCGGCCUCGACCCGGACGGCCCGCUGCCGACGGACCUGCCCGAGGCCAACGCGAGCAAGACGGGCCGCGAGGGCGUCCUUAAGCUCGCCGCCGACGAGGGCCUCACCGUCCGCCAGCUCGCGCAGCGCUACGGCGGCUACUCCGGCCUCGCCUUCGUCGGCACGCCCGAGACCGUCGCCGACGAGAUGGAGCAGUGGCUCCUGCAGGAGGGCUCCGACGGCUUCAACGUCACUUUCCCCUUCCUGCCCCAAGGCCUCGACGACGUCGUCGAGAAGCUGGUCCCCGAACUGCAGCGGCGCGGCAUCUUCCGCAAGGAAUACGAGGGCACCACCCUGCGCGAGCAUCUCGGCCUCAAGCGCCCUAAGAACCGCUUCUUCUCUUGAGUCAUGAGAAGCGACGUAGAACCUGGUCGAAAGGUCGGCCUAUUGCUGGUUUUUUUUCUUCCUAUGUCCUGGCUGUGUGAAGGCCAUCCUUCGACUCAUUGGAAAACGCAGUCCCAUUGAAAUCUGACCAGCUAGGUUGUCUUUCUUAGUUCCCGAAACCGCUGUGUGCGGUGAGGUACUCCCUGAUCCGUUUUUGGUGUUGGACUUGACUCAAGAGAAUACUGAGGACGACGGUCCCAUUGGCAUGACGGCAAGACGUGACUACUCAGGGCAAGUAAAAUAAGGGAUCGGCCAGAGACAAG